AUGCAAGCAGGCAAUCGGAGUGUUAUGCUUGUAAAUGAAGGCCUCAUCCGAGCCCAACGCGAAGUAGAGGAUUUGAGGGGUCAGCUCGAUGCUCAGAGCCGGGAAACUGAGAAGUUUAAGCAGCUUUUGCAGGAAAAGGAGGACCAGCUGAUCCGGGCAGUCCCACUUCCGAACCUUCAAAUUGAGCUUGAGGUAGCUAAGGCUGAUAACCUCCGUUUAAAGGCUGAACUUGAUAAUACGCUUCGAGAUGAGCUUAACUCGGCCAAGGCCGAUACCGAAAAGGUGGCAGAAAAAUUUCACCAGCUCGAAACCGAGAGAGCCGCCGAGAGAGAGAAGCUGAGGGUAUUUGAGGAGAAAGCCGAGACUCAUGCUCGGGGUGUUGAUGAACUUAAGGGAAAGCUCGAGGAGGCUACUGUGGCCAAUGAUCUUCUUCAGACAGAGCUAGAAUCCGUCAACCAGGUUCGCAUCACUCUACUUGAGGAGAAGUUCGAAUUAGAAGAGAACCUGAAAAAAGCUGAGGUCGAACUAGAAGAGUCUCUCAAAGAUAUGGAGGCUGCCGAGGCUCAUACGACGCUUUUGAUCGAGUAUGAACGUUGGAAAUCCCAGCGAGUUACCCUCGAGCAAGUAGAGAGGGGUUUGGGGGACAUCCGGGCCCGGAUACUUGAAGCCAAAGCUAUCGAGGAUAAGGCAAAAAAAACCCUUGAUGGCAGCUCUGACGACGACUCCGAGAAGACCGUUUUUGAGGAUUCCGGAUCCAAUCAUCUUUUGGGUAGACUAGGGCCUGUUCGAGCCUUCAUUUUGUUUUUGUUUUUGAUCAUGUAA